GUUUUGUGCAGAUUUUUAGGAAUGACCGGGGGUCAAAUAUUCCAUGAAAUGAUGAUUCAACAUGAUGUUCGUCAUAUCUUUGGGUAUCCCGGAGGCUGUAUACUCCCGGUCUUCGACGCGAUUCAUGAAUCGAAACAUUUUGAUUUCAUCCUCCCCCGACAUGAACAAGGUGGUGGCCAUAUGGCUCAGGGGUACGCUCGAGUGACCGGCAAACCUGGGGUUGUGCUGGUCACAUCUGGACCAGGCGCGACAAACCUCAUCACACCGAUGAUGGAUGCGCUGGCUGAUGGUACCCCCAUGGUUGUGUUUUGUGGACAAGUUAGCACCAAUUCAAUUGGUACUGAUGGCUUUCAGGAAGCAGACGUUUUAUCAAUGUCUCAACCUUGCACUAAGUGGAAUGUUAGCGUGCGCAAAACGGCAGAUUUGCCGAGGAGGAUCAACGAAGCCUUUGAAAUUGCUACAAGUGGUCGUCCAGGACCAGUUCUGGUAGAGCUUCCAAAAGAUGUUACUGCAGGUGUACUCUCUACACAAGUGUUUCCCGGCCGUCCCAAAGAUUCUUCAAUUGCGACGAUGGCUAUAGGAGAUGCUCAGCACAGCCAGCUUCUUCAAUCAAUUGAAGCGGCUGCAAAACUAAUCAACAUGGCCGAAAGGCCUGUUAUAUAUGCCGGUCAAGGCAUACUCGCGACUUCCAAGGGACCUCAAUUUUUGAAGGAGCUAGCCGACAAAUCGUCAACACCCGUGACAACUAGUCUUCAAGGUCUGGGAGCUUUCGAUGAGAUGGACCCCAAAGCCCUGCAUAUGCUAGGUCUUCACGGAUCUGGAUAUGCAAACAUGGCCAUCCAGAAAGCGGAUCUGAUUAUUGCACUGGGUGCAAGAUUUGACGACCGGAUGACUGGAAGCAUCCCAAAAUUCGCACCGGAGGCCAAAUUAGCGGCUAAUCAAGGUCGUGGUGGAAUAAUUCAUUUUGAUAUCUCCCCAAAGAAUAUCAACAAAGUGGUGGAAGCUACAGUUCCUGUCAUAGGUGAUUGUGCAAAGAGUCUUCAGCUCCUUUUACCUAGAGUCAAGCCAGCACAACGUCCUGAGUGGUUAUCGCAAAUACAAUCUUGGAAAAGACAGUAUCCAUUCCAAGCAAUCAAUCAAAGUGGCAGCGACGACAUGAUUUUACCACAACACUUCAUCGAGCGGCUUAGUGAAGCUGUUGAUCCUAUCAAAGAGCGCACAAUAAUUACAACGGGUGUCGGUCAACACCAAAUGUGGGCCGCUCAGCAUUUCCGAUGGAGAUACCCCAGAACAAUGAUUACUUCUGGGGGACUUGGAACGAUGGGAUAUGGAUUGCCUGCAGCGAUCGGUGCAAAAGUCGCCCGUCCAGAUGCCCUUGUGAUUGACAUCGAUGGGGAUGCAUCCUUCAAUAUGACAAUUAGCGAAUUGCUAACAGCGAGCCAAUUUGGAAUUGACGUCAAAGUUGUUAUUCUAAAUAAUGAAGAGCAAGGCAUGGUUACGCAUAUACAAACGGUCUAUUUCAACAAUCGGUUCUGUCAUAGUCACAACCUCAACCCAGAUUUUGUGGAAGCCGCUAAAGCUAUGGGUGUUCAGGCUCAGAGCUGUUCUAAGAUGGAAGAAGUCGACAAUAAAUUGGAUUGGCUGCUAAAAACGCGGGGACCCGCGCUUUUAGAGGUCAAAGUUGCCCAAAAGGCGUUGUCUUUGCCAAUGGUGCCAGGGGGACGUGGCCUUGAUGAGUUCCAAUAUUACAGUUAG